UCCACAACGACAUUUUGAUGUCAUUUUGUUCGCCUGGUAAACGUCAUAAAAAAAGUGAAGUACUAGUUAUGCGGUCAAAUAAAUUGUAAAAGUAAUUAAUAUUGAACACAAGGCUUAGUACAUAUUAGUAUGUAAUAUUUUAUCCAUAAAGUAUAUUCAUUAAAGUGUAAAUUAAAUGUGAUAAGUUGCACUUGAAUAUUGAAAAUGAAAAAAUUGUUUUCGAAAAUUGAAACGAAAAUCGACAAUACGGCAAGGGAAGGAAACAAUUAUAUUGGCAAAGUUUUCACUGUAGGACGGCAAACAGUCACCGUAGAGGAUAUCCUAGCAGAAGGGGGUUUUGCGAUUGUCUAUUUAGUAAAAGCAAAUAAUGGGACACGGUAUGCACUUAAACGGAUGUAUGUCAAUAAUGAACAGGAUCUCAAUGUGGCUAAACGUGAAAUACAAAUUGCUAGCAGCCUCAGUGGCCACAAGAACAUCAUAGGUUAUGUAGACUCAAGUCUCAAUGCAACAGGAGGAGGUGUUUAUGAGGUCCUCCUAUUAAUGCCCUACUGCCAAGAGAAUGUCUUAGGAUUAAUGAAGUCAAGGGGCAAAGCAAACUUCACGGAAGUUGAAGUACUCACCAUUUUCUGUGAUAUAUGUGAAGCAGUAUCUAGGCUACACCAUUGCAAAACUCCUAUUAUACAUAGGGAUUUAAAGGUGGAAAAUAUUUUGGUAAACGAGAACGGAAACUAUGUUAUAUGCGACUUUGGCUCAGCUACUGCCCGCGUGCUGAAUCCCGUUGAAAAGGGGGCGGUUACUGUGGAAGAGGAGAUCAAGAGGUACACGACGUUGAGUUAUAGGUCACCCGAAAUGGUUGAUAUGUAUAGUGGGAAAGUGAUAUCUACAAAGGCUGAUAUUUGGGCAUUGGGCUGUUUACUGUACAAAUUAUGCUUCUUCACUUUACCAUUUGGAGAAAGUACUUUAGCUAUCCAAAGUGGAAACUUCAGCAUUCCAGAUAAUUCAAGAUAUUCUAAAGGACUUCAUCAGUUGAUAAAAUAUAUGUUAGAACCGGAUCCAGAUAUAAGGCCGGAUGUUUAUCAAGUUAGUUGUAUCGCCUUCCAAUUGCUUGGAAGAGAAAAUCCUGUGAAAAAUUUAAUGAAAACUCCAACUCCUACUAUUGAAGACCUCCAAACUCCUCCAUUCGAGUCGGAAUUGAAGAAGACUCGGGAGUCUCAGGUGAAACCAAUACCAAAGACGCCUGUGGCACCGACCAUAGAGGGCACCAGCGUGAUGCCCAGGCAGCGUCCUAAAGGCAGUUCCUCAACACCUCUUAACCUCAACAACAUCCCUCUAACAUUAAGUCCUAGUCCCACUCUGACCAAGAAAUCCCACAGUCCUUCACUAGCAUCCCAAGGUAACGCCUUCAACCCUACAUUUCCGCAGAGUUCAUUCUCGCCACAAGCACUAUUCCCUGCAACCAGCGACAUAGCUCCACCUCCAGUUCCGCAACUGGACUCCCUGUUCCAGUCUUCCGUCUAUCCAGAUCCAUUCCGGGAUGACAGCGGGACUUCUCCCACUUCUCUGGAAGGCACUGGGAGCAAAAGCGAAGCAACGACGCCCAUGAACCCCUCAGAGAACCCAUUGAUGGGUUCCGGCUCCAUGACACCCAUGAAUGCCGGUUUGGGAGAUGGCAAUAGAGUGACUGAGACCAAAACACCACCAUCUUCACCGACGACGUUGUCUGUACCCAAGGGACAUCGGAGGAAUAUGAGUGAUACUACGGCUUUCAACAAGGUAUACGCCUCCGAAACUUCCCAAUUUUUAGCACCAUUUGAGUCUUCGAUAACCCGAGCGGCCCCACAAACAACAUGCGACGAUUCUCCCACCGGAGGCAGCAGACGUGGUCACACCGCCCCCGGAGCGUCUGUUUCCACUGCUGACGUCACCAGAGGGAGCACCGGAGGCGGAUGUCACCCUGGAAACGGAGAAGGGGGGCGGUCACUGUCCGCGGAUGUCGCUGACUGGAAUCCAUUCGAAGAGGGGGCAGAACAGCAGCCGCCUCCGGGUGAUAACACGUUCGGCGAGGAGUUUGACAGGAUCCGGAUGGAGGGAGAGGGUAGUACGUGUAGAGGGGCUACCCAACAAGGGGUUCAACAGCCAGAUUCGCUGCCCGCAUCUUUGUCCGAGGACCCGUUCGGAAGCGCCCCCUUCAGCUUGACGACGCGUGCUAGGGAGAAAAUAAACAAAGGGCUACAUUCCACAGGUAACGAAUGUUAAUGCUUUCUCACCUACCGAAAGUGCUAUGCAUAUGUAUUGACGUUUCAGACUAUUCUUGCAUAUGGCAUGAUUCAAGUCGUCAUAAUUUAAUUUGAUAAUUGACAAAAAUAUUAUUUGAUCUAACCAUGAUUGUUGAACGAUAUAUUCAAAGCAAUAAUUAUUUUAUUCAGAUUUGUCAGUAGACACUACCUUACCACAAGAACCUUGAGAUUUCAAAAUAAAUAUUCAGUCCGUGGUGAUGUCUAGAAUUGGGAUUGCCGUUCGUGGUCGCCAAAAGGACAAAAUCCACGUUUGAAAUAAAUAUAAUGGCCACUUCACAGUCCCAAAGUGACGUUUGGGUGUGCAUUAUCCAGUAAUGGAAUACUCGGGGUCUAUUUUUUCGAAAAUCGUCGAGGGCAAGCAAUAAGUGUGAACUGUGUUUUAUUAUCGGAAUUUUUUGCAAUUAUCAAAACAUCCUGCCUUUAGUUCGCAUACGUAAUUUCAUCAAGAUGGCGCCACACCUCACACUGCCAGAGAGACCAUGGCGCUUCUUCGAGAUUUCUUCCAUGGACUUAAUUAUGUGGGGGGAGGGGUGUACCUGAAAAGUAAUGUCUAUGAAACAAUUAUUCUUGAUAAUAAUUAUUGAGAUAAAUGUUUACCAUUUGUAGUUUUUUUUUAAUUAAAUCUUAAAUCCGAAUUCUGCCGCCGGAUAAAUUUCUUAAACCCGCGGUUUUUUAGCUCUUGGAUUGAUAGUCUCUUUACGAGAAAAAAAUCAUCAAGAUUUUGGAAAUACUUUCCUAGUUAUAGAUGAACAGGCGACAUGCCAUGUUACAUCCAAAAACCACAAUAUCUGAAUUUCUAAAUGUUUCGGGAUUACAAUACUUUUUGGUAAUGGAAAAGUUUUUCAUUUUUUUCAAUUCAAAUCAAAUUUUAAGAAAAAUGACAUAAGACUGUGAAAAAAUUAUCGAUCUAUCUCUAAAAACAAAAAAAGCUGUGACCAGCAGUAAUAUUUCACGUCACGACACCGUUCCCAGUGAAAGCGGCUGAACGUCCUAACACGUAUAGACUUACAGCGCAACACGUGGCAGUGGCGACGAAUCGUCCUCCACCCAAUUUGGUUUCUUAAAUACAGUACGGUUAUUAAGUUAUGAGCGAAAUUACAAAAAAAAAAGUUGUUAUAGAUACUUUAUUGUUCCAAAAUGUGCGUACCAACACGAUUAAAACUUCAAAUAAAUAUUUUUUUCCAAAUACCUUCGCAUGACAACAUCAGGAAGGCCUGUGAUUUGAUCCAUUAUGAGAAUUACAGGUCCUUCUUAUACCUAUCAUUUAUUUUUUCGGUAGUUCGAAAAAUCUUUUAGAAGAAAUGACUAUAUUUCAAAAAUUAUAUAGUAAGUAUAAAAGUAUAUAAAAUAAAAAGUUUUUAAUAAUCGGCCAUCAGACAUCAGGAAUGCUAAACAAAUAAAAAUAUUCAAAACAAAUCUGAGGCACUUUCUUGUCGAGAAAUGGUACUAUGCAGUCUCCAAGUUUUGUUGUAGUUUUGCUUGUUUGUGAAUUACUUGUAUAGGUUAUUUAUGCUCAUUUUAGUGUAUUUGUUCAUACAUAUAUAUGUAUGUUAGUUCAGUUUAUUUUUUUAUAUCUAUACAUUAUUUUAAUAAGAUUAGUUCCAUAGAUAUAUAAGUAUGUCAAAAAGAACAAUAAAUAACACAAAACAAAAACGCCCUCUGAUUGGUUGUAGGAGGUUGUAGGAUCUCCGUGGGUCAAUAGUAAAAUCGGGCCUAAGGAUCACAUUUAUAGCCGUUUUUUGGGAUUAGGUGCCGUUUCAGAAAUGAUCUCUCCUUGGCUCUUGAAGAAACAUUUAUUAUUACAUUUUUUUCAUUUUUUCAGAAAUGUAGAAAUUUUCAAUAUUCAUAACCGUCAGACCAGAAAAUUUUGAUAAAUCUGAAAAUGCUGAAAACCAUGCAAUUUCGAAAACUUUCCAAAUUUUAAAAACCUGUGCUGACAACUGUUACAGUUACAAAAAGUUUGAUUUGACGUGCACAGUUAUUGUAUGUACUAACGACUAACCCGACUAACACUGCCGUUAACGGAUAUGGACGCCAGACACUUGGGAUAUGUGACGUAAUUCGCAAACUAAAGGCAGCAAUUGUUUCACCAUCUUUGACCGACUACAAUUUUAGUUAAUUAUAUCUCAUCUAUAUUUUGUUUGUGUGUAACUUUUUAUUUGAUUCUGAAUAUCAACAAACUUCUCCAUUGGCGAAGAAAGUUAGAACUCAGCAUUGCUGACUUUCGCGAAUUUUUUGUCACGUGAUUUAUUAUUGUUGUGUGAAAAAGUGAUACUGUGUGUAGCAUUUUUGGUACGUUGUUGCUUUCCAGGUGUUAUAAAUUCUACUUGAUAAUUGUAUUUUUAGUAUGGGAUAUGUAAUUGACAAAUAUCUUUUAAAUAUUGUACAACCCGGUACCCGUAAUUUGAUGCUUCCGUACUAUUUACAUUUCAAAAGACAUCUCAAUGUACCUAAAGCUAUAUUUUUAUUAUACUUGCAAUAUUAUUUUGAUGACAAUAUAUUUUACUAUGGUCUAUAUAUAGUUUACGCGUGGUCUUGCCAGUAUUUUACAUAAAUAUGUGUAUACCACAAAAAUUAUAUUAGUUACAAUCAACUGCAUAUACGUUUACAUCUUAAAAAAUUGCAAAAAUUACCUAGACGUGAGAGGGCAAUAAAGAAUGCCUGUUUGUAAAGAAUUUUGUUCAACAAAGAUUUGGAUUUUGUGGUUUACAAUCAUUUGUGUGACGCAUUAUAUCAUAUGAGAGGUGCUAAAUAUUUUACUAAACAUUAUUAACAACAUGUUCGCGCUAAAAUUAGAAUCCGUAUGUUGUUUCUCUGAAGCUGCUUGUGGGAUAUUCAUUCUUCUAACAUUUCAUUUACUUACGAAUGAAUAUCAUCAUUGGUUUAACUAAUAGCUCAUAUAUGGAAUAAAAAUGCUACAAACCACAACUGCACAAACGUAAAGGGACAUUUUUCGAAAUUUCAAGGUGGGUUUUCCAGUUAUAGACUGCACUGUAUAAAAGAUGACAUCGAAUGAUUGCACUUGUAUCUUACAUUGCUUAUUAACAUCUAGUUUAGCUCUAUUUCAUUUUGGCAAAUGAAAGUUUUGUUUCUUAUUGUAAUUUUGUAAAAUAACCGAAAUAACACAUGAAUGGAUACAUCAAAAUAUCUCGAAAAAAACGUUUCCUAGAGAAACAUGUUUGAGAACAAUGUUAUAAGGUUGAAAAGGGUUGUAUAAAAACCACCUUGAACGCGACCGUGACUGUGACCUUCAAGGUCAUUAGAAGACAGCAUUUUUUUUAACGACCCCUAUUGUUGACACCGAAAAUGUACAUGGCGGGAUAUUUUACGUUCAAGUAACUCUUUGUCCAUGACCUUAAUUAUAAGCUUCAAGGUUAAAUAGGGUGCCCAAAAGGAAUGGAUACAUCAAAGUACCACGAAAAAUAUGCUACCCAUAAUCAAAGUAACGGCCAAGCACAUGAUAGUGUCCCAAAAUCUAUGACUUUUAUAUCUCUAACCAAAACUAAUGUGCUUACUCCGAAAUUUCAGAUGCAAGGUCAUACUUGAACGUAAAAUUGGUCGUAAUUUGCAUUUCCGGAAUUAAAAAUGAAUGUUAACAUUAAAAAUUCAUUUCAUCUUCAAAUGAACUUGAAGGACAUAGUCGUAUUUUUCGAGAUAUUUUUUCCUUCCCAUACUUUAUGGACACUCUCAAAUACCCAUGUAGGUCAUGGUCAAAUUCAUGAGCAGACACUUUUCGAGAUAUUUUGAUGUAUUAAUACUUUUUGUAUGGCCGGCAUAAUGAAUAAAAAUAUACAAAACGGUAAAUGACAUGUCUGUGUGUAAUUGUAUAUAAUUUUCAUCCUGCAUAUUAGCAUUCCAGAAAAAAAAAACAACCUGAAUUUUAUUUUCCUUCUAGUCAAGGUAUAUAUUUGUAUAUAGUAGAAAACCAUUAAAAUUGUAGAAUAGAUUUAGCUAAAUAUCCAACAUUUGGAAUAUUUUUUUUUGGGUGAAACUCAAACUUUUGGACAGGCUGUUUCGCAGAUUGUAGGUCAUUUCACGUAUUUUGAUGGAUCACAUACAGGUAUCACUUUAAUACAUCAAUCUCCCUCAUACGAGGGUGGGUCAAUAAGUUCAUGAAUCUCCCCCUCUUAAUUGGAAGGGCGACAUUGCUUUUGUCAACAAGCAUCUGUCACUUGCCUCCUAUCAAAUUUUGAACAAGCUUCGUCAUAUAGUUUGUGUUUGUCAGACAUUUUUUGCAGGCGACCGCGUGAAAUGUGAAGAAAAUGGACAGAAAUGAAUUUCGUGUGCUCUUCAAGUAUUAUUUUUUUGCGGAAAAAACAUCACUCAAACUAAGGCUAAGCUUGAUAAAUACUAUGAGACUCUGCACCAUCAAUUUCAAUGGUAAAAAAGUGGUUUAAUGAAUUUCAAACAAUUGCAAAAAUGUACGAUAUGGUGUUGGCCUAUCGAAGAUUGAAAGUGCGCGAGAUUAUGGGAGCUAUAGGCAUAUCACAUGGCUAGGUGAUUUCGAUUUUGAACGAUUACGUGGGUAUGAGAAAGCUAUCUGCAAAAUAGGUCCCGCGGUUACCCACAAUCGACCACAGACGCAAUCGUGUGACAACUUCGAAGGAGUGGAUGGACGAUUUUUUGCGCUAUUUCGUAACCGUGGAUGAAACCUGGAUUCACCACAAUACACCAGAAACCAAGCAGCAAUCAAAACAGUGAGUUUCUUCGGCCGAAUCGGCGCCAAAGAAGGCCAAGCUGCAUUUGUCAGCAAAUAAAGUCAUAGCGACUGUGUUUUGGGUAUAAUAUACAUUGAUUAUCUUCAAAAGUAAAGAACAAUCGAUCGUGAAUAUUAUGCCAACUUAUAGGAACGAUUCAACGACGACUUGAAGAAAAAUCGACCACAUUUGGCCAAGAAGAAAAUUAUUUUGCACCAAGACAAUGCAACGGUGCACAAAUGUAUAGUCUUCAUUGCUAAAUUGUCCGGGUUUAGCCCCAAGUGACUAUUUGUUGUUUCCAAACCUAUUUUGAGGACCUUGACAAAUCUUAUUUAAUGGAUGUUAAAAAACUUUAGACUUGGAGGGUAUGUUGAGAAAUAAAAUGUUUUUUUGUCAAAUGACCUGUGUUUAAUGCAAAAAAGAUUUAUUGACCCGCCCUCGUACAUACAUACAUAUGCAAUUUGCCUCUCGCCACCUCGAAACUGUUCUUGCUAACGUGUGAGUAUUCCUCAGCUAUGCCUGUUACUAUGAAUGUGACGUUUUUUUGUUGAUUUUCAAGACAUACAUAGGAAUCCUAAAUACAUAUAUUGGAAUAUUUUUUGAGUAAGUAAAUAAAAGCAUCGAUUCUUUAUUACAAAAUUCAUGUGAUAGUUAAGUUUCGCACAUGAUACAGUAGGUAACCUGGUUACUUCUUUGUCUGACAUUGAUACGUAAUUGCCAAAAACUGUGUAAAGACCUAUAAUUCAAUGAUUCUGUUGUUGAUUUUGUCGGAUUAGGUUUGAAAAGUUUAGCAGAUUCUGGGUAUCAAUGAUUGACGUAAGAACAGAAACAAAAAUUCGAAGCAAUGUUUAAGAAAAGCUAAACCUAUUCUACAGUAGAACAAUUAUUUUGUGAUGUAGUCGUACUAAUUUUUGUAUUCUACUAACUACUACUUCAGAUUACCCAACAGGUAAAAGGCUAAACGGGAUUUGAAGCCAAAUAUUAUCAAUCGUUGAUUGAGAAUUGGUAUUUCUAAAUUCUUUUCCCUGCUUGGCAAUAUCUGUGAGAAAGGGCCUAUUGCAUCUAGACGAGCUUAUCAACAAAAAAUUAAGAAUUAUUCAUUAUCAAUCGUAUCUUUAGGUAAGUACAAUUCUGUUAAUAAGCUCGUCAGAGAACAAAUAUGCUUGAGGUUGUUGAGAAAUGGUGUGCACAGAAUAUAGAUAUAUUUGUAUUAUUCUCUUUUGGUGUAAUUGAAUUGUAAUUUUGAUCCACGAUCACUUUUCAUUUUGGAACAGCAUUUUUAGAAAUAUUUGCCCCUAUAUCGUCCUCCAUAGAUUUUUUUAAGGCGCUCCAGAUCUGCAUGCUUUCAGUGUCAUGUGUGUUUUAGUAUAAGAUUCAAUUAAAUAAAUUCAACUCCCAUGAUCUAUAGAAAUAAAAAAAUAUGAAACUGUAGUCAUAUGAUUAUCAUUGAUAAAAAAUAACCAUCACUUCGUCGUCACUGAAUAUUUAAAAAGCCUACAAAGCUUUUUUCUCAUGACAUUUGGGUAAGAAAACACGAUAUCUUAAAUUCUUAAAUAUUCGCAGUCACUAUAUUUUUUUCGCGAAUUAUUGUGCAAAGUUAAAAGACGCGCCCAACUUUUGAAUUUUUGGGAAUAGCUUAAUCCAUAAUUGAUUUGUUCGAAGUGUUAGAUAGUCUUUGACUCAUUUUUUUAACUAAUAUAAGUAGUUUUCUAUUUGCUUCAGCAACCUUCAACAGUUCACACAAGCAGAUCUAGAGCUUGGAUAAUAAUAAUACUCUUGAUAUUUUAUUUCCUUUAUACACAGUAUGGAUAAAUAAUACUAAUAAAUUAAUUGUUAUUGUGAUCAUCUUCAAACAACUUGUACAGCUAUAAUUAUUGUAUUUUAUUCAGCAAUAAAAUUGCUUUACGUUAACAGCUUUGUUUAUUUAACUCCCUUCCGGAAAUUGUUAUGACAUUUUGGGGGAAAUGUAGUUUUGCCCAGCGUCUAAAAAUGGCUGUUCCAGAAUAAUGGUGGUGGGCAGUAUUAACAUUUAUCUUUGCACUAAUUAACAGCUUGACACCCACAACUAUUCGUUUGAAACAGCCUUUUUGCCGCUAGAUUUAAGCUUCAUAGUCCAGGAAUUGAUAUAUUUUAGGCCGAGAUCCCAUAGCAUUAAUCUAUUUUUCACGAACUCC